AUGAAGUGGCUGAGUGUUUUUGCGCUGUUUCUGGCGUUAGUUGCGGCUGAGAACCCCGAAGAAAAUGUUGGUGUUCACGAUCCGGACCUUUUUGAGGGAGACAUGAUUCUCACACCCGAGCAGCGUAUGGCAGCCGAGAAGGGACUGGAUGUGGACAAUCUUUCUGGUAGAGCUUCGAUCAAAAGCAAACUGUGGCCCAAUGGUGUCAUGUAUUAUGAGAUCGACUCCAGUCUCUCGGGAAAUUCUCAAGCCAUGGCAGCUAUCAGGGCAGGGAUGCAGGAAUGGACAAGCAAAACAUGUAUCCGGUUCAAGAGAGGUCACGCUUUGGGAUUUUUCCACGAACAAUCUCGCCCUGACAGGGAUAACUACGUCACAAUAAUGUGGGACAACAUCAUUCAAGCGAACAAGUUUAAUUUCCAAAAGUAUGGCCGUGGAACCAUCGAUUCCUUGGGUACUGCAUAUGACUAUGGGAGCGUGAUGCAUUACCAGAGCACAGCCUUCACAAAGAACGGAAAACCUACAAUCGUGUCCAAGAGGCCAGGGAUCACACUUGGUCAGCGUCGGGGAUUGAGCUCGAUAGACGCAAGGCAAAUGGACCUCCUUUACAAGAAGGAGUGUCAAGGAGGUGGAGGUGGGGGAGGAGGAGGUGGAGGCGGAGGUGGGGGAGGAGGAGGUGGAGGGGGUGGAGGCGGUGGUGGAGGUGAAUAA